AUGACGACGACUGACUCCGGCGAAUCACGGCGGAUAGCGAUGAGACUUCACGGCGCAGCAACAGGGCUUCCUCCGAACACCGAACAGCAAGAGCAACUCCCUUGUCCUCGCUGCGACUCAACCAACACCAAGUUCUGCUACUACAACAACUACAACUUCUCUCAGCCUCGUCACUUCUGCAAAUCCUGCCGCCGUUACUGGACUCACGGCGGUACUCUCCGCGACAUUCCAAUCGGCGGUGGUACUCGCAAAUCCGCAAAACGCUCCCGCACUUGCUCCUCCCCCGCCUCCUCCGCUGCUAACUCAGUCGUCUCUGCUUCUUCUGUCGGAAUCUGCAGCGUUCCGUUACAAGCGACACCUGUUCUGUUCCCUCAGUCGUCAAUCUCUAACGGCGUUAGCCACACCGUAACUGCUCCGCUUGAUAGCGACGCAAAGGGAAGCGCUUUAUCUCUCUGCGGAAGUUUCACCUCUCUGUUGAACCACAACGCCGCCGCAGCGGCCACUCAUGGAACCGGUUCGGUUAUCGGACUCGGCGGAUUUGGAAUCGGACUCGGCUCGGGUUUUGAUGACGUCAGCUUCGGACUUGGAAGAGCGGUGUGGCCGUUUUCAACUGUGUGCGACGCUUCAACGACGAAUGUAGGGAGCAACGGUGGUCACCACCACCCGGUUCCUAUACCCGCCACGUGGCAGUUCGAGGGUUUAGAGAGCAGCAACGCCGGUGGAUUCGUCUCCGGUGAGUACUUUGCGUGGCCGGAGCUCUCCAUCACAACACCAGGAAACCCACUCAAAUGA